AUGGAGGAGGCAAUGUCUCAUGGCGCGAAUCCUCGACGGAAGCGAGCCAGCAAAGCCUGUGUAGCUUGUCGCUCACGCAAAGUGCGAUGCGACGUCACCCAUAGACCGCAUCAGUGCACAAAUUGUGCCCUUGAUAACAUCCAAUGUGUUGUGAAAGACAGACGCACGAAAUAUCGAAAACGAUCUCCUGUCGUUCUCGAAAAGCAGCAGCGGACACAAUUCAGACACAGCUUACAGGCAAUCUUACCAAAGGACCCAAGCUCUGCUGUGUCGGAUGACAUGGACACCCUAAACGAUCCAUGUCUAGAGCCAGGUCACUCAGUGGAAUGUGGCCCUGAAAGCCCGUCUAUGUGCUUCGAGGCGGUUUGGGAUGAACCUGAGAUAAGUUUCCCUGCCGAACGAUUCAUUCAAGGUCCAACCGAAAGUCGUGACAAAGAAUCUGAAAUCUUUGACAUGGUUCUCAACCAGCGCAAAGAUUCUGACUUCACAGUUGUCUCAGACAGCUCUCGGCUACAUCAAACAGAGUCAAAGCCAGCCCCAAACUUCGAUGCAACGAUGUCUGGCCAAUCGCAUAUUAUAUACUCAUACUACUCUUUCCUUGACCUCGAUAUCUCUGGUUUAUUACCCGAUGAUAUAAACUACCUCGAAGGCCAAGGCUGUUUUCGUGUCCCUACUCCGGAAGCCUUGGAUGAGUUUGUUCAAGAGUACUUUUUGCAUGUUCACCCGGCGCUUCCAUUGCUGGAUGAAGCCUGGUUCUGGACCAUCUAUUCGAGGCCUGCACGCGGCAGAUCAAAUCUCUCCCUUUUUGUCUUCCAAGCCAUGCUAUUCACUGCAUGUAGUUUUCUACCAUUUUCAACCCUGAAAAGUCUUGGAUUUGCUUCAGUACAUAACGCACGGAACACAUACUACCGUCGCAGUAAGCUCUUGUUUGAUCUUUGCAGUGAGAGGAACCUUGUGUCCAGUACGCAGGGGGCACUAUUGCUAUCCUACAAUGGAACAAUGAAGGAUCAGAAACGUACCAAUUCAAUCUGGCUCUCAACUGCAAUCCACUUGGCUCAAGCCGCAGGUGCGGAUCAAUUCCAUACCAGCCUAAACCCGAGUUUGACUUCGGUAAAUGAGCUGAAACGACUUUGGUGGUGCUGUAUAGUACGGGACCGAAUACUUCCUCUUGGGAUGCGACGACAACUACACAUUACAUCACUUGAUGUGGCUCACACCAACUACUUGCCUACCGAGAAAGACUUUUGGCGAGAGAUUGACGGGUCCCAGGUCUACGCACCACAAACUAAACGAACGCUAGUCCGGUUAUUCAUCACGCUGUGUGAGCUGACUGUUCCACUCACUGAUGUCAUCAAGAUCGUUUAUCCUACAGGCCGCUUGACUGAUAUUCAUUCACCAGUGGUUCAUGAUGCCCAAAAGGGACGGGAAUCACUGCAGUCGUGCGAGGCUGGCUUGGAAGCUUGGUUCGAAAGGGCAACCAUCCAGUUUCCAACGCCUGCUGGUAUCAUCACUCGUGAGGGGUCUCUUGUGCUAUACACAAACUUACUCUACAUAUACUACUACGCUGCCUGCUUCGCCCUUUAUCAGCACAAGGCCUUUAUCAUCAGUCAGGAACAGACCAAAGCGACUUCGGACCUGCAACAGACUAAGAGCAAAAUCGAAGAUGCUGCCCUUGGCAUCACUGAGAAUCUCAAAGAGCUUAUCCAACUGAGGUUAGAAAGGUUCUUGCCAAUCAGCAUUGCUGCAUAUAUCGCUGUUCCUCUAGUGCUACACAUCCUUGAUGUUAGACUUGCAAAGAGGCCACUACAGAUAGCCCAGAAGCAAGGAAAGCUCAAUGUUUAUGUCGAAACCAUGAAGACUAUGCAGAAACUCUAUGAUGGAGUUGAUGAUGUUUGGACCUUCAUCAGAACAGCUAUGGAUUAUGCCACGAUACAGGACGCAGAGAAUGAGACAAGCUCACCUAAUGGUUCCUGCAUUGACGCUGUCGGAUGUCUGGGAUCGAAAUCCCAAUUGACCAAAGGCAACGAUUAUGCCAACGACUGGGGUAAUGUCCUCGUCAUGGAACCUAUUUUAUACUUCCGGCUUUCUCGAACUAUCGACCACUCGUUAGCUCUCGGGCGAUACUCUGAGGACUCUACCCUUGGUCACGCUGCACCUCAUACGCGUCUACCUUCUCCUAGGCUCUUGACCAUCGACAUAGGUUCCCCUGAGCAAACUGUCGAUGACACCGCUUGCGAGCACUACAAGGCGCCAAGAGCGGAUGCUAAAUCACCCGAGGUUAGCCAAGAUCAGUUUUCACUAGGACCUCAGAUGCUGGAUGAUAUGCAUGAGUUUGUUCAUUAUGACUUUGGAAUGGAUGAUAUGCAGGCUCCGAUAGACUUUAACAGGUCUGAGCGACAGGCUGGAGAAACUGAUGUCUUGAUUCUGUAG